CUCCACUCAGCGCUUAACCGCAGCGUUGACCUCCAAAUGACAGCACUAUCGCGACGAGCGCGUACCACAGCAAAUGAACUGCAGAAUCAUGGAGGAUGCCAACCGUUCUCGUCAUCAAAUGGCGACUGAUCCCAUUGAAUAGAAUUUGAACCGACAGCAUCGAACAACGUCCGACUUUCACCUUGCUUCUGUGUGCAUGAGCGCUUUCUCAACCAGCGGGCUUUGGCGGUCUCUAGAUGGAUCUGAAUUUGUGACCAGAGGUGGCCACUGGUCCAUUGGACUCACUUUGGUGGUCGGCUGUGCCAUCUUGUGGGUCGCCAGUCGACGACGCGAAGCGCGCCGAAGGAAGAACUUGCCGCUCCCUCCUGGGCCCAGAGGACUCCCUAUCAUUGGAAAUGCGCUUCAGAUACCUCUGGUGCAUCCGUGGCUGGUCUAUAACGAAUGGAAGAAGGAAUAUGGAGAUUUGAUAUACCUGGAAGCGCUCGGCCAGAAGAUUCUCAUUUUGAACUCCCUAGAGUCAAUUGAAGCACUACUUGUGAAGAGGGGAACGAACUAUUCCGACCGCGCUUCAACCCCAAUUAUUGACCUGAUGAGAACUGGUUGGAGCUUCUCCGUAAUGAACUAUGGCCAAGAGUGGCUAGAACGCCGACGCCUCUUCCAUCGAUUCUUCCACCACAGCGAAGGGCAUCAUCCCGUAGUCGAAGAAGAGACGUUCAACUUUUUAAGAAAACUCGUGGACAAACCAACAAUUGCAACAUUUAGGGAGGAGGCGCGAACCAUGCUGGCGAUUAUCAUUAUGCGACUCACGUACGGUGCCACGGAUGCUGCAUACAACAGACGCUUAAUCGACGCAGCCGACGAAGUAAUAAAGGGCUUCGUGGAAUACUCUUCCCCGGGUCGUCUACUCGUCCAUGUGUUCCCCGUUCUAAGACACGUCCCAAGUUGGCUGCCAGGAGCUGAAUGGAAAGCUGACAUGCUGAGGCUGGCCGAAAUCAACGACUACAUCCAUGACCAGCCUUUCGAUGACGCCAUUGAACGAGUGAAAACAGGGACACAGAGCGAACAUAGCCUUGCCACGUUAGCAAUUCAAGAACUCCCAGAGGAACAAACGGAUAGCCGCGCUCAUCAAGAACAGGUUGCAAGAGAUGUUGCGGCGCAGGCUUACACAGCUGGCGCUGAUACGACCUUUAGUUCCGCCUGCGCCCUUGUUCUAGCACUUGCGAUGCAUCCCGAUGUCCAACGGAAGGCUCAAGAAGAGAUCGACGCAGUAGUAGGCUCGCAAAGGCUGCCUACGUGCAAGGACUUGAACCAACUACCGUACAUCCAGGCCGUGGUGAAAGAGGUCAGUCGCUGGCAUACCGUGGGCCCAUUGAGUUUACCGCACGCAUCGAAAGAAGACGAUGAAUACAAUGGGUACUUCAUACCAGCGAAGACUGUCAUCUUCCCGAAUACAUGGGCCGUCCUUCAUGAUCCCGAUGUAUACCCUGAGCCACAUAGGUUCGACCCUGAAAGGUUCCUCAAGGAUGGCAAGAUCAAUCCCGAAGUCCGAGACCCAGAUGUCGCAGUAUUUGGCUAUGGACGCCGAAUCUGUCCAGGGCGUAACCUGAGCAAUGAUACGUUCGCCUUACUUGCCGCUCGCCUUCUCGCCUGCUUCGAUGUCAAACCCAGCCUCGACGAGACGGGACGACCCAUACCUCUGAAGCUUGAAGUGAACUCUGGUUUCAUAGCAACGCCCUUGCCUUUCGAUUGUCAAAUCAUUCCUCGGUCUCAACAACACGCGGAAUUAUUGUAUGCUUAG